UUCACGGGUGCGAACACUGUUUACCACAUUUGUACUAUUUUGUAGACCUCAAACCGCGUUGUGGACAGCUAUGGUUAGUGAUUAACUACAAUUUGUGAUGGUUUACUUUUUUAUUUGGGACAUGAUCUCUGUUAGCAUGAUCUAAUUGCCGUAAGAAAUAAUUGAGCAAAUCAUCGUCUUGUAAAUCCCGGCUACGAUCAAUUGCAAUCCCUAUGGAUAUCAGCGUAAGUUUUUUUUAUCAAGGGUUCGACGUUUAGCCUCUAGAUUUGAUUAGGUGUUUGGUACUAGGCGAUAUGGAUAGAAUCCGAUAAUUUUGUAGUAUGGUUGAAACAAUACACCUUCUUUUUAUUUGUAAACCAAAAACUCCAUCAAUGCAGUGUUAAAUUGAAUUCAGCAAAUAUUAUCACCUCGGUAACCCAGUUAUCAAAUCGGCCACUAUGCGCUACUUACCCUCAAGCUACCACCGGCCUUUACUGCCAAAUGGCCAAUAUCCUCCCAUCGAUUGGCAACUAUAUGGCUAUAUGGGUGCGUGUUGCUGGCCACCAGCCAUAAACAUUUCGAAAUGGCGUUAUAUCGUAGAUACAGUUAUGAUAAUGUGCCAAUUUAUAUCCGAGUGUUCGGUGCUGUUUGGUGAAAUGCAACUCAUGUGUGCAAGCCUCGAUGACAUCAGUUUUGUCUGUGCCAUAUUGGCGCCAUUUCUAAUACUUUUCGAAAUGAUGUUACGCGCCUAUAACAUAAUUUACAAGCGUGCUAGCUUUAGAGUGCAUCUAGAAGAAUUCUACAAGAAGAUCUACAUUGAACGUUCUUGGAACCCCGAACUCUUUGAGCAGAUACGCCGACAGCAGCUACCCACGAAAUAUUCCACAUCGACAUACAUUAUCACACUUGUGACCUACUUUUAUGUACCAAUUAUGGGUUUGAUACAUCAACAACGCUUACUACCCUUUCCGGUCAUUUAUAAAUAUGAUUAUAAAGCUACCUUUGUGGGCUAUCUUUUAUUUCUCGCCAUGGCAUUGUGGACUGGCUUUGCGGUUGUGGGACCUUUGAUAGCCGAGGCCAAUAUGCUGGCCAUGCAGAUUUUACAUUUGAAUGCACGUUAUACAUUGUUGUUGCGGGAUUUGCGCAAAAUUUGUCAAAAUGCUAUAGAGGGGCACGCCAUGCACAAGGGCGAGGGGGAAAAUGCUACGGUGACCAGCCGCUUUCGCUAUGGGUUAAUUGAUGUCGUUCGCCGCAAUGUGGAAUUGAAUAAAUUCGCCGAGUCGCUGCAGGAGCAAUACUCCUUUCGUGUUUUUGUAAUGAUGGCUUUGAGCGCAACGCUGUUGUGCGUAUUGGGGUUUCUGACAGCAACGAUUGGAUUGUCAACGGAUAAUAUCAGGUUUGUUACCUGGAUAAUUGGCAAGGUGAUCGAAUUGCUAAUCUUUGGACGCUUGGGCACAACGCUCUCUACCACGACAAAUGAGCUGAGCACUUCUUAUUACUCUUGCGGUUGGGAGGAUGUCAUACUUCACUCCACGGACGCUGUCGAAAAUGCAAAGUUAAUGAAGCUUAUGGCACUGGCAAUACAUUUGAAUAGCAAUCCAUUUCGAUUGAGUGGUCUCGCCUUCUUCUAUGUUAACUAUGAGGUGGUGGUGUCGAUUCUAAGAGGCGCAGGUUCUUACUUUACUGUUAUUUACGCCUACCGUUAAACUGAACGAGUGACUGAGACAAAGGAGAGAAUUACUGAUGAGGCUGAGAAAGAUGGGCGAAGGAAAAGA